GUCAGUGAGUCUGUCAGACUGUCUCACUCAUACCACAUUGCAGGUACGCAGUGAGAGGGCAAGAGCUCUUUACAAUACUUUCCAGGCAAAAAAACGAAUUCAACCCUAAAGCAAAAUGCGUGAGUGUAUAUCUGUGCACGUGGGUCAGGCUGGUGUCCAGAUGGGCAACACCUGCUGGGAGCUCUACUGUCUGGAGCACGGCAUCCAGCCGGACGGGCAGAUGCCCAGCCACAAACCAGUGGGCGGACACGACGACUCCUUCACCACCUUCUUCAGCGAGACUGGAGCCGGCAAAUACGUACCCCGGGCGAUAUUUGUAGACCUGGAGCCGACAGUCAUUGAUGAGGUCCGCACAGGCUCUUACCGCCAGCUGUUUCACCCCGAGCAGCUCAUCUCAGGAAAAGAGGAUGCAGCGAAUAACUACGCCCGCGGUCACUACACCAUCGGCAAGGAGAUCAUUGACUCCGUGCUGGAUCGCAUUCGUAAACUGGCUGACCAGUGCACAGGACUGCAAGGUUUCCUGGUCUUCCACAGUUUCGGUGGAGGCACGGGCUCAGGUUUCACCUCCCUUCUGAUGGAGCGUCUCUCGGUUGACUUCGGGAAGAAGUCCAAGCUUGAGUUUGCUAUUUACCCAGCUCCACAGGUGUCUACGGCUGUGGUGGAGCCGUACAACUCCAUCCUGACCACCCACACCACCCUGGAGCACUCCGACUGCGCCUUCAUGGUGGACAACGAGGCCAUCUACGACAUCUGCAGGAGAAACCUAGAUAUCGAGCGCCCGUCCUACACCAACCUCAACAGGCUCAUCAGCCAGAUCGUUUCCUCCAUCACUGCCUCUCUGCGCUUCGACGGUGCUUUAAACGUCGACCUGACGGAGUUCCAGACCAAUUUAGUGCCCUACCCUCGCAUCCACUUUCCUCUGGCCACAUACGCUCCAGUGAUCUCCGCUGAGAAAGCCUACCACGAGCAGCUCUCUGUGGCGGAAAUCACCAACUCCUGUUUCGAGCCCAGCAACCAGAUGGUGAAGUGCGACCCGCGGCAUGGGAAAUACAUGGCGUGCUGUUUGCUCUACAGGGGAGACGUGGUGCCAAAAGACGUCAACGUGGCCAUCGCCGCCAUCAAGACCAAGAGAAGCAUCCAGUUUGUGGAUUGGUGUCCUACUGGUUUCAAAGUGGGCAUCAAUUAUCAGCCCCCGACUGUGGUUCCUGGAGGAGAUCUGGCUAAGGUGCAAAGAGCCGUUUGCAUGCUAAGCAACACCACAGCCAUUGCUGAAGCUUGGGCUCGUCUGGACCACAAGUUCGACCUGAUGUACGCCAAGAGAGCCUUCGUGCACUGGUAUGUGGGUGAGGGGAUGGAGGAAGGGGAAUUUUCUGAGGCCCGAGAAGAUAUGGCAGCUCUGGAGAAGGACUACGAAGAAGUGGGCAUUGAUUCGUUUGAGGAAGAUGAGGAGGGGGAAGAGUUCUAAAAGAGAAAAGUGUUUGCUUGUUUUUCUACUAAAAAACUAAAUAAAGUAAAGCUUUUAA